GUUUUAGGUUCUAGAUAUUUGAUUAAGUGUGUCAUAUCUUAAUUAAAUUCUAGAUUCAAACCCCAAGUUAGGAUAAGAGUGUGUAAUAUCUCUUAAACACCAACUUGGGAAGAUUUGGUUGCAUCCAAUGCCGAACUCAAAGCUCAAGUUGAGUAUUUGGCCAAACAAGUAGCUCAACUCACCAAGUUGAAAGCAUGGUCCAAACUCCAGAGGAAAGUGAAGAUGAGCAAGAAGAAGACGUCCAAUCAGGAGUUCCUUCUCCCACCAUAAGGAGAAACAACCAAGAGAAGUCUUCCUCUGAUUUCAAGGUUGAAAUCCCAACCUUUGAUGGCAAGGACGACCCCGAUGAUUUCAUCAAAUGGUUAGAAACGGUUGAACGCGCCUUUGACUAUGCCGAAGUUCCGGAAGACAAGAAGGUCAAGUUGAUAGCCUUGAAGUUUAGAGGCUAUGCUUCCACGUGGUGGGCUAACACUACCACCAAAUGCAGAAGAGAAGGAAAACCCAUCGUGAAAACGUGGACAAAGAUGAUGGCCCUUUUGAAGAAGAAGUUUAUCCCCACUCACUAUGUGAGGGAGAAUUUUGCUAGGCUUCAACACUUGAGGCAAGGCAACCGGUCCGUAGAGGAGUACAACCGAGAGUUCGAGGAACUCUUGAUGAGGUGUGACCUUCAAGAGAACGAUUCACAAACAUUUGUGAGGUACCUAUUUGGCCUAAACACCCAAAUAGCCAACACCGUGGAGCUGCAAACGUUCGAAAGUCUUGACGAGCUAACUAAGUUAGCGUUGAAAGUGGAAGCCCAACUCAAGAAAGAACUUGUGGCCUCCAAUGCCGCCUUGCAAACUCAAGUGGAAUACUUGGCCAAAGAAGUGGCUAAGCUUACCAAGCAAAAGAUGUCCAUGUAUCAAAAUAGUGAAGAUGAAGAGGAAGCUAGCUUCAAAGUUGAUAAGUCCCAUUCUGACUUCAAAGUUGAUAUUCCAAUCUUUGAAGGGAAGAAUGACCCGGAUGAGUUUCUUGAGUGGUUAGAGACGGUGGAGCGAGUCUUUGAUUUUAAAGAAGUCUUCGACGACAAGAAGGUCAAGAUUGUGGCCUUAAAAUUCCGCAAGUACGCCUCCACUUGGUGGACGAACACCUGCACCAAACGGACUCGAAGUGAGAAGCCUCCCGUUGACUCAUGGCAAAAGAUGAGGAGCCUCUUGAAGAAGAAGUUUCUACCCACCGAAUACUCCCGAGAGAACUUUGCUAAGCUUCAAACGCUUAGGCAAGAGCUUGUUGUUGAGCAUUCCCGUGAGGCCAUACAACACACUUCCCCUUUUUUUUCUUCCUUUCCAUACCCUUUCUUUCUUUCCCUUACUAUCAUCAUGUCAAACACUUCCAACAACCUGUCCAACGAAGAGCUCCUAGCCUCCAAUGCUGCUCUCAAGGCCCAAGUUGAGUACUUGGCCAAGCAAGUUGCCCAACUCACUAAGCUCAAGAUGAGCAUGGUGAAUACUCCGGAGGAAAGCGAAGAAGAGGAAGAAGUUCACCCCGAAGCUAACUCUAGUAACACCACUAGAGAAGAGAAUCAUGAACGAGGAGCUACCGAUUUCAAGGUUGACAUACCAACCUUUGAAGGGAAGAACAAUCCGGAUGACUUUCUAGAGUGGCUAGAAACUGUUGAGCGCGUCUUUGACUUCAAAGAAGUGCCCGAAGAAAGAAAGGUCAAGAUCGUGGCCUUGAAGUUUCGGAAGUAUGCCUCCACCUGGUAGUCCAACCUAUCUACCAAAAGAAGGCGAGAGAAUAAGGCCCCCGUGAAGACUUGGCUCAAGAUGAGGAGCUUGUUGUAGAAGAAGUUCCUGCCCGAACAAUAUGUACGGGACAACUUUUCCAAACUGCAACACCUACGGCAAGGUCCUCGCUCAGUUGAAGACUAUACUCGGGAGUUUGAAUAACUUUUGAUGAGAUGC